CAUGAGAAGUGGGCGUGACGUCGUAGUGAGCGACCGACGUCACGGGGAGCUGUUCAAAGCCGUGCGGUGCUGAAGAGACAACUCUCCUCGCCUCCACCUCUCCCCUCAGUCGCUCCUCUCGGUCCCUCGCCAGGUCCGUGGAUUUCACCGCCUCAGAGCUCCGUUUCGUCCGCGCUCAGCACAGGAGGGCACGAGGCCGCCCGACACCAGGCAGCGUUUUACGCAUCACGCAAAGCCCAUGCGGGAGAGAUUUCCAACAACUUACUUUUCUAGGUCCUGAGCCCAAAGGGAUGUUUAUCGGCCAGAUGAAGGUUAACGGGCGCUACCUUUGGAGGUCACUGGAGUCCUCGCUGUUGUAGAUUCUUCAUCAACAGAAGCGGUAUUGUCAUGGAAACCCCCUACUUCCAGACCGCGCUCCUUCACCCCCCUCGUAUGAGGUGAAAUUGCUGAGGGAGGGGAGUUGAUACUAAGAGAAGCUUGUCUGUGAAGAUCCCCCCCAAAAUCCUCCCAAACCAUGUAGUGAACCUCUCUCCAAGGAGGGGAGAGUUCUACAUUUCAGUCAGAUUUUUGAAUUGAUUUAUUCAUACUGUGGACAGAUUUGCCUUUGCUUGUUAAAAUAGUGCAUGUGGAUCAGGACAUAGGGUUUGGAGCGACAGAGAAGAAGAGGGAGCAAAGAAAGAAAAGAGAUGGUCCUCCACAUCACCCCUUACUCCGGGGCCUGCCUGCACUUCCUGGAUGGCUUGUCGUGGAGCCUGGUGUUCCCCUGCUAUUGGCUCCUGGACCAGCUGCUGGCCUCAUGCGUGCCCACAUCGUUGGAGAAGCGUCGGCGCUCCCAGGACCCGUGCUCCUUCCUCACCCUGUGCGUGCUGAUCUCUGCACCACUCUACCUCCUCCUUCUCCUUGCCUCCCUACCCUUGGCCCUGCUGGGCUUCGUCAUCUGGGCUCCCCUGCAGGCCAUCCGCCAGCCAUACCUAUACACGCACCGCAGGCCCAACAAACACCAGGCCGAGCAGGGCCAGGCCGGGCCGGGAGGGGUUGGCCUUGGGGAAUGGAGACCACAGGGCAGAAGCUUCUGCUUCUGCAGUGCCAACGUGUGCCUGCUGCCCGAUUCUCUCGCCAGGUUCAACAACCUGUCGGACACGCACAGGAGAGCCCGGGAGGUUGGGAAGAGGAUCCGCAAUGGUGCCAGUCGGCCUCAGAUUAAGAUCUACAUUGACUCACCUACCAACACGUCCAUCAGCGCGGCAUCCUUCAGCAGCCUUGCCACAGGUUUCCGCCGCACCUCCUCUCUGGACCAGCGUCCAGAACAACCACACACCACCAACGGCCCAGCCGACCCCGAAGCCGAACCGCUCACCGAGUGUCCAAUUCACCCCUCAGGGGCAGCCGACUGCCCCGUACAUCCCUCUGCAGGAGACCCGGGUACCUCCGAAUGCCCCCUCCACCGAGACGGAGGAGACACGGCAGCAGACUGUCCCGUCCACACUGCAGGGACUAAACCCACCUCAGGAGAGUCUCCAGACUGCCCCCUUCAUUCCACAGGGGCUCAAGGUGGUCAAGACCAUCACGACUGUCCCGUGCACGGGGAAGUUACCCAGCCAAAACCCUCCUCAGACUGCCCACUUCACGCCUCAGGGGUUCAGAUCAGCAUCAGCGCCCCAGAGCCGGAACCAGAGCAAAAGGAGGCCGACACAGGAAAUCAUCGUCCUGGGGAGCAGGCGGCGGGGGACACGGGCAGCAUGACGGCCUCCAGGGAAUCCCUCGCUCGUUACCACGGUGGUGACAGUGGCGUUGGCAUAUCCUCCAACAACACUCUGUCACAUGUCCCUCGCACGUCAAUCUUCAAGCGUCCAGGGAGAAAACGCCGCCACGGAGAUGAGACAUUCGACCAUGACAUUUCUGCCUUUUUCCCCGCCAACUUGGAUUUCCUGGCCUUACAGGAAGUGUUUGACCACGGGUCGACGACCAGACUGCGGCACCAGCUGCACCGCUACUUCCCAUACGUGCUGAGCGACGUUGGCCGGUACGGCUGGAAGGGAUGCUGCUCAAGGUUCAAAUUCCUAAACAGUGGGCUAAUGCUGGCGAGCCGCUACCCGAUCCUGGAUGCGCGGUUUGAGUGCUACCCCAACGGGAGAGGGGAGGACGCACUGGCAGCCAAGGGCGCGCUGUUUGCCAAGGUCCACGUGGGCACCUCCCAUCAGGAGCAGAGGGUGGUGGGAUACCUCACGUGUACGCACCUCCACGCCAUAGAAGGGGAUGCAUCCGUACGCUGUGAACAGCUGGACCUGUUGCUCCAGUGGGGGGCCCAGUUCCGCCAGUCCUCGUCCCAGCCAGCUGAAGGAGAGAAGGUUCUGGAAGACCUGGUGGCCUUUGACGUUGUUCUGGGAGACCUCAACUUCGAUAACUGCUCUUCAGAGGACAAGCUGGAGCAGCAGCACGCACUUUUUACUCAAUACAAGGACCCAUGUCGCCUGGGGCCAGGGGAGGACAAGCCAUGGGCUCUGGGGACUCUGCUGGACCCCAGUGGCCUUUAUGACGACGAGGUCAGCUCACCUGAAAGUUUACAAAAAGUGAUGGAGAAUGAGGACGCAAGGAAAGAGUACCUGGUGUUUCCUCCCAGUAAGAGCCAGUGUCCCGCCAGCAGUCAGAAGGGGAGGAAGAUCCCACUGAAGGGAAACGGCCGGCGGAUCGACUACAUGCUGUACAGCGACGAGGGCCUGCAGCCGGACUGGAAACUGGAAAUCGAGGAGUUCAGCUUUGUCACCCAGUUGGCUGGCCUCACCGACCACCUGUCUGUGGCCAUGCGUUUGGCUGUUUCCACAGGGGAAGAGGAGCCUUAGAUUGACAACGUGAGCUUUGAAAAUGAAUACUGCCAUGGAGGAGUCACAGACGACCCAGAUAAGAAGAGGAGAUGACACGUUUACAGAUCGGCUUGAGAGAGAGAGACCGAAUUCUGCAGAGGAUUGAAGGGAGAGCAAAAUGGACGGAUGGAUGGAUAUACAGAAGGUAGAGGAGGGCGGCAGCAGAGGAGUGAUGUGAAAGAGGAAGACUCUGAAGGGGAGAGAUUAGCAGGGGCAUUCAGUUCAGACAGCCUGAAAGAUAUUCAUCUUCCUGGGUAAACCAUCCGCACAAACACACUCACAGUAAUACAUACAAACACAAUCAAUCAACACUUUGACGGUUGAAUAUCACCCCUCCGACACUCCAUGUUGAACUGAAUCCAAGGGGGAUUUUUUUAUUUUAAACAAUUUCUUUUUCUGUAGCUUAUUUAAACGCAUUCCUUUUAUUUUUGCCUAAAUGUAAGAAUGGUUAUUUUUCUUUUUUAUGAUUCUACCUUCAGGGACAGUUGUAUAAAAGGCAAACACCUCAUUUGAGUGAAGAGUAGGGUAAUCUGCUACUGACUUGCUUUUACACUGACCGUGUGUGUCCUUGUUUUGUGCUCCGUCCUGAAUGGCUAUUGGUCGUUCACCUUACUUCUCCCACGUCAGUCCCAGGAACCUCAACAAGUGUCUUCUUUUCUAAAAAAAAACUAAACAAAACUAGAGAAAAAGAACAUGUUACAGUUUCUAUUGUUGCCACACCACUUUUUAUAGGAAGUUUAAAUGCCUGUUUAAUACUAUAUGGUAUGUUUAUAAAAAAAAAAGGUUAUUGUAUAAAGGGACAUGAAAUUGGAGAAGAAAUAGCUUGUUGAUGCAUUGCGAUGUUUAUAGCAUGCGUUUUAGCCAUGACAGGAGGAACUCAGACAUUGGUUUGCAUAAUAAUGGGAGAGGAGGCUUUGCGGAUGCAUGAUGGGAAACGUGAUCAGUUUACAACCAUAAUAUAGCGUCUUGAUACACUUGCUUGCUGACGAGUAAACAGGUACACACUUACUGUAACCCGGUGUGACAUUUGUGCAUGUGAGACUCCACCCUGCUAGUGACACUGAGCACACAUACACGUCAAGACUUGCAGCAAAACAGGGGCGAACUACAGGGGAUGUUACACACCAUCGAGCGGCCAUUUUGAAAGUCCCUGAAUGACAUCUUUUGAUGGGUCAGAUGUUGCCAGCUCGUUAGCUAACGAACCAAUGUAGCCAUAUUGUGACGCAACUGCAAAACCUCAUAGUACAGAAAGAUUUUGACAACCGCACACAUUAUGCCAAGUUUGCAAACAUUUUAUAAUCAUCUAAUCGGUCCCAAGGAGACAGGCUGUGUUCUAGGUGCUGCUGACGUGCUGCAUACUACCGCAUGAUGCUGGAUGGAACCUACGUGGGUCAAAAGUAUCAUGCUACAAGAGUAACAUAUAUACAAAGUAAAGUGAUACAAGGUAAAGUGGUAGAUAGUGUGAGAGGUCGGUGACAAUUAGAAUUAGAUAUGUAUGAAUGAAAACAGAAUAAAAGUCUGAUAUUCUUAAUUACGUGAACAUUACGCGAGAUUCAACCUUGCCGUGAAAGAAUCCCGUCAUACUGUUUUACCCAGAAAGCUGUCUAGGAUCACGGAAAGUGAAUUUACUAAAGCAGCCAUUUUUUGUUAAUGACAAGUCUUGUAUGUGUUGUUUAGUAUAUCUUAGUCAGAUUAUUUAUUACUUUAACAAAUCCUAAAGUUUGCUAUGUCACAUUUUUUCAGCAUGUCAGAGAAAAAUAAAACAAAGUAUUUACCGUUGUUACUUUUGCCCCACACGUGUGUUACUUUAUCCCCGACUAUUGGGAUCACAAAUAACGACUCGUAACAAAUCACACCAAAGUCAUUCCACUCAUACAGAAAACAAAUGGUAUCUAUGGAACACACAGUGAGUUGUUCUCCCGUACCCUCCACACACUUGACGCACUCCAUCUGUAUUAUUAGUAUGUCAUCCAGAAAAGCCCACUAAUAGACACAAUACAAGUAGUGCUGUUGAAUACAGACAUAGCAGGAACAAUGCAACACACCAUAGAGUGUGUUCAGAUUGGCAAAACAAAUUUAAAGGCGUAAUGAGAAGAAAACUAGGGUUGAAGUUUGAGAUAAGUUGUCUUUUGAAGCUACGUAUGUUGCUCGCCAACGCAACUACAGCUAAUGUCUGAUCAGCUAUAAUUCAAACUAAAUUGGCUUUCAUUGCAUUCAUUCUAAACACACCUUCAGAAUUCUGUGUCCCCCACUUGUCUAUAGACUACUUUAUCGACUCACUGCUUUUGCUGCUGGUUGGCAACAAUAUGCUUGACACCAAUGCUAAUGUAGCCUAGCAUUCACAUUGGAAUUCAACUACAAAUCUGUAACAGACCUGGUGUUAAACAGGAGGUGGAAGUAUUGCAAAGAGUGUAGACAGGCACGUGGAUACUGACCUGAUCGCCAUGCUGCUGACACCGAUGGGCCAAGUUAGACAUUAAACCUAAAUCAGUAACGAAUCUUCUUGCUAACGUUUGUCACAACAAGCUACUGAUCACCCCAGACCAAAGAAGGCUGCAAAAACCUUACUUAAUUCAAUUUGAUUUGUUUUCAUUAAAUACAAAUUAUGCUCAUGAUUAACCAUAGGAGGAAUGUUUUAUUUCUUAAUUCAAAAUGUAUACAGUUUUGUUUAGAAGAUUAAUGUGUGUUAGUAGUAAUGGUGACCUCUAUGUCACUCAACACUAUGUAUGCUAACUUGUUAGCAUGGCUCUCCAGAUGAACGCUGUCCCGCCCUGAGAACACAUGGAUCAUGUUUGUGUCCAUCAGGCAACGUGGGACAACUGCAGACUCACGCUGUACAUAUUUCUUUUGGAGAUAUAUGUGGAAAAUCACUCAUGUAAAAAGCUGUAUUUCUCUGAAUAAAACAUGCAUUAUAGUAACACUUUAGGUUUCUAAAUACUGUUUGAUUUCCAUGGUCUGCACGGUUUACAACAUUACAACACAUGCACAUGUUUUUGUGUAUGUUCAGACAGCUCAUUUAUGUUAUAUCAUUAUUAUGACUAAAACAGGUUUGAAUUAGUGAUUUUCUGAACACACUGUGUUGAAUGGUAACAUUGGAUGGAGAGUACAGUGUGUGCGUGUGUGGGUGUGUGUGUGUGUGUGUGGGUGUAAACACACUGGUUGUUCGGUUAUUUAAGUCCAACUGUCAUAUUUCACAUGCAGUAUGAGUCAACAGAUGACCUGGAUGCUCUGACUCGUCUUUAUGACUCAUUAUGAUUAUUGGCACCGACAUAUUCUUCAUACAACAAAGUUUUGUAUUUGUGUUUUUUUCAGCUGAAGCUUCUGCAGGUUACGAUUAGAUCAAAUCCUCGUUAUCUACAGAAAUAAUCCUGUAAAUACACCAUAUGUAUUUUAGUAAGGAACAAAAAGGUGCCAUAGCUUACUUGAGAAUUUAACCUUUUAGGCCUUUACACACCAGGCGCGUUUCACACUUAUAUAACAAAUAUAAAUAUAUUUACAGCGGGUGAAAAAAGAAUUGGACACAUCACCAUUUUUCUCAGUAAAUAUAUUUCCAAAGGAGCUAUUGACAUGAAAUGUUCACCAGAUGUUGGUAACAACCCUAGUAAUACAUACAGAUCUGGUCUGGAUUGCUUUUUAAUUACUGAUUAUCAGCUGUUGUCAUGGCUUUCCAUACCUUUUUUCACCUCCCUUUCUUGUGUUCAAUAAUUUUUCCCUGUAUGUGAAAUCACAUUAUUACACAUAACUUUAUUUCUGAACUUCUUUGUUUUGGUUUCUUUGUAUGUAUGUAUGUAUGUAUGUAUGUAUGUAUGUAUGUAUGUAUGUAUGUAUGUAUGUAUGUAUGUAUGUAUGUAUGUAU